AUGGCCGGCGGGCUGUCCGUAUCAGCACACAGCUUUGUCUCGAACAUCAACAUCGACCGGCUAGAGUACGACGGGUUCAAACCUCCUCAGCCAGAUGCCGAUCCGCUCGCCAUCGGCUGGUCGACCACGGCCUUCGAUCAGGGCUACGUCAACCAGACGGGCUACCAGUCUGAGGACAUCAUUUGCCACCGCGGGUCCGCGAACGCAAAAGCCCACGCCCGCGUCUCGGCCGGCGAUGUCAUCCACAUCCAGUGGAACGGCUGGCCGGAGUCGCACAAGGGCCCCGUGAUGGACUACAUGGCGUCGUGCGGCAGCGGGGGCUGUGAGACGGUGAACAAGAACGCGCUGCAGUUCUUCAAGAUCAACGAGGUUGGGCUCAUCAACGGCUCCGUAGCGCCGGGGACCUGGGCCACCGACCAGCUAAUCGCAAACAACAACUCGUGGAUGGUCGAGGUGCCGUCGCAGGUCAAGCCGGGAUUCUACGUCCUGCGCACCGAGAUCCUCUCUCUGCACAACGCAAGCAACCCGAUAGGCGCGCAGAACUACCCGCAGUGCUUCAACCUACAGAUCGAGGGCAACGGGACACUGGUGCCGUCAGGCCUGCCGGGCCAGGCGCUUUACGACCCGGAAGACCCGAGCAUGAACGUGGAUAUCUACAAGGGCCUGUCGACGUACAAGAUUCCGGGCCCGACCCCCAUCGCUGCGGUCGAGACAGUGCCGUUGAGCCACCCUAUACCUACCGGGGCGGGGCCCAUCUACACUGGAACUGCGACGACGUCGGUCUUGAGAACGGCUUCCGCGACUCCAACAGCGACCGUUCGGAGGCUGCGCCGUGUGCAUGAUAUGCAUGUGUAG